AUGUGGUCGGCGUGUGCUGUCGGUCUCGUCGCAGUUCUCUGCUUGGGACAUGUUCCUGACACUUGGGCCAAGCUGGAUCCAGAAGUUCACAUGACCACCGUAAGCCAUCCACAAGUGGUUUUUUUUUAGUUUAUAUUUGAAUUUCAGACCGAAAUCAUCCAACAUUGGGGCUAUCCGGCCAUGAUCUACGACGCGACGACGACCGACGGCUAUAUUUUGGAGCUCCAUCGGAUUCCUUUUGGAAAAAGUGCAUCUACUACUAAUCGUAAUGAGCUAAUUGCUAUUUUAAGCUAACGUGACCUGGCCAAAUGGGAAAAGACCGGUGAUUUUCAUGCAACACGGUUUGCUGUGCGCCAGCAGCGAUUGGGUCGUCAAUUUACCCGACGAAAGUGCAGGUUUUUCUAUUUACUGCUAGAAAAGUUUGUUUUUCGCCUUUAACGCAACGAUCCUACGAACUCAACUUCAAGCUUCAUUUGAUGUUUGAAACGUAUCUCAUGAACAGUGCCCGAAAUAACUUUUCACGUACUUUUCCAAUAUCCUGUGAAAAAACGUGAAAUAUUUCAAAAACCUUUUUCAAGCCAUCUAGUCGAUCUUCUUUGGAUGCUCCUUUUUCUUGGUUUUCAUCGUUUUUCCACCAUUUUAAGAAGAAACCUUCCAAUAAAAGCCAUAGAAGCUCUUUAGUUCAAACUUUUGUGAUACCAGGAAAAAGCUGUCUAAUACCUUAUUUUCAAGCUUUCCUCGCCGCUGAUGCUGGUUUCGACGUCUGGUUGGGCAAUAUGCGUGGGAAUACCUACAGCAAAAAACACAAGGACUUGAAACCGUCGCAUUCGGAUUUUUGGCGAUGGAGGUUUUUUUGUCCUUUCAUUUCAUCUCACAAAUUGGGAGCUCCAGAAUGGCCUCUAAAGGGGCCUUGAAGGUUCCUCUCUAGGCCCCCCAAACCAGAGAAUAAAUAUUUUUACCGAUUUUUUUCAGUUGGGACGAGAUGUCUCAGUAUGAUUUGGAGGCAAUGAUUGACAAAGUUUUGCAAGUGACCGGCCAGGAAUCGGUUUAUUACAUGGGACAUUCCCAAGGAACUUUGACCAUGUUCACGCAUUUGUCCAAGGACGACGGAUCUUUCGCUAAAAAGGUUUUUUGGGACAUAAAGAAUCAUUUUUUAAUCGCUUUGCUGUUCAAAGGCCUGUAAAAAACUCUUCUGGCUUUCCUGAUACGAAUUCCCAAAUCUGAACGGCUUUUUUUUAUGUUUUUAGAUUGGAAAAAUCUCUGAAUUAGGCUAAAAUAAGUGUAAUUCAGAUCAAAAAGUUCUUUGCCCUUGCUCCUGUCGCCUCGGUCAAGAAUAUCAAGGGAUUCCUAUCCUUUUUCGCCCACUACUUCAGCCUGGAGUUUGACGUAACUUGCAAUCAACACUAAAAUCUGUCAAUAGCGUAUUUCAGUCCUGGUUCGACAUUUUCGGUUCCGGCGAAUUUCUUCCAAAUAGUUGGGUGAUGAACUUGGCGGCCAAGGAAAUUUGUGGAGGCCUCAAAGUUGAAGCGGAUCUUUGUGAUAAUGUCCUGUUUUUGAUCGCCGGUCCGGAGAGUAAUCAGUGGAACGAGGUGAGCUUGAACUUGUAGUUUGGAGACGAAUAAAACGUUCUUGAACGGAAAAAAGUCUGGAACAUGAGAAAACUUUUUAUUUCAGAGAAAUCUAUUUUGUAAUACCUUUUUUUAAUUGACGUUUUUUUUCAGACCAGACUUCCAGUCUACACAACUCAUGAUCCAGCCGGAACCUCCACCCAAAAUAUCGUUCAUUGGAUCCAAAUGGUCCGACACGGAGAUUGUCCCGCCUAUGACUGGGGCACCAAAGAGAAUAAAAAGAAAUAUGGACAGGUUGAUCUUCGAAAUAAGGCUUAUUUAUUAAUAUUUUCCAGUCGAAUCCGCCAGACUACGAUUACACAAAAAUUGGGGGUACAGAAAUAUAUUUGUACUGGAGCGACACCGAUUGGCUGGCCGAUCCGGUCGAUAUUGAGAACUUUUUGCUGACCCGACUCCAGUCUUCAGUUGUUGUGGUAAGCGAUUAGAGGAAUUUUUAAUUUUAUCAGACUUGAUUUCUUUAAAUGGCAUAACCCUCAAUUUUUCAGCAAAACAACCACCUGCCCGACUACAAUCACCUCGACUUUACCUGGGGUCUCCGCGCGCCUAAGGACAUUUAUAAUCCGAUCAUCGAAAUCUGCACUGAGGACUACUUGGCGCAAACCGCGAAAAGUCCGACGAGCAGAGCCGAGAGAACUCGUCAGUAA